GUGUCUCCGUCAACACAACAAUGGCGGAUGCCGUGGAGGAAGCUCUUCAGGGCAGCUGGGACCAGGAUCUAGCUGAGGCUCUAGACUCUGGCGGUUCUGACAUGGAGAUGGAGAGAGCCAUCAUCCAGGUCCAGGAGAAUUCAGCUCAGCACAGGGCUAAGAUGUGGAAGAUCGCACUAAAUGUCUCUGGGAAAGGAGACAGUCUGUCCCCCUGGGACGGCGUCUUCGAUUUGCCCGAACAGACACUUAUUCAUAACCGUAGUCAACAGCUGAUUGACCAGCUGGGAGUUUCAGAGGAAGAGAGGAGCGACAUGGUGUCCGACGUUGAGUCGGUCAUCACUUUCUACUGUAAGUCCCGCAACAUUACCUUCACUCCAGAGCUGAGCUGGCCGCACCUGCUCAAGCCUCUUCUGGGCCUUCACCUUCCCCGCAGCGACCUCUACAACUGCUUCUACGCGGUCAUGAACAAGUACAUCCCCAGGGACUGUGUGCCAAACGGUCGACCUUUCCACCUGUACAGACUGCUGCUGCAGUACCACGAGCCCGAGCUCUGCUCCUUCUUGGACACCAAAAAGAUCACACCCGACUCCUACGCCAUCAGCUGGCUGGGCAGCUUGUUUUCCAGUCACUGCCUUCCAGAUGUUACCCAGGCCUUGUGGGACUCCUACCUCCAGCAGGCUGACCCCUUCCUCAUCUUCUUCCUCAUGCUCAUCAUGCUUGUCAACGCCAAAGAGACCAUCCUUGCACAAGAAGGAGACAGCAAAGAGGACAUCAUCAAAAUGCUGGAAGCGUUUCCUUCUCUUCUGGAGUCCGAAGACAUUGAAGAUUUGUUUUCUUUGGCCCAGUAUUACCAGAGCAAGACGCCUUUGUCUCUCAGAAAGAUGAAUCAGAAUCUGUUUGGUAGCAGCCUGGUGGCUCUGAAAGAGGAGGACACCGACCUGAGUCAGGCCCUGUGUCUCCCUGUUUCUGUCCCUGAAAUCCUGCAGGCCAACCAGCAGCAGCAGGAUGGGGUACGCUUCUUUGUGGUGGACUGUCGGCCUGCAGAGCAGUACAAUGCUGGCCACUUGUCCACGGCCUUCCACCUGGACUCUGACCUGAUGCUCCAGAAUCCCUCUGAGUUUGCUCUCUCUGUGAAAUCCCUGUUGGAGGCUCAGAAGCAGUCUUUAGAGUCUGGCUCCAUCGCCAGCGGAGAGCACCUGUGCUUCAUGGGCAGCGGGAGGGAGGAGGAGGACAUGUACAUGAACAUGGUGCUGGCCCAUUUCCUGCAGAAAAACAAAGAAUAUGUCAGCAUCGCUAAAGGAGGUUUCAUGGCCCUCCAGCAGCAUCUGGUAGACAUGAAUGUCGAAGGCCUCGACUCUUCGUACGUCCACUGGAUCGUCAGCACGUCGGGAUCUCACAGCAGCCUCAGCUCUGCUGACGGAGAAUCUCUGAGCAGCCCUGGAGACAGCAAAGGCGUCAAGUCCUUGGUCAACAAAAUGACAUUUGCUCUUAAGUCCAAGUCAGUGAACGUAAAGGAGAAGAUGAUCAGCUUCAUUGAGAAUACGUCCACCCCUGUAGACAGAAUAUCUUUCAAUCUGCCUUGGCCAGAGAAGGUGAUUCCUGAUCGACACGUGAGCAGCAGCGACCGCGUUGGCAAACCUUACCGAGGUGUUAAGCCUGUGUUCAGCAUCGGUGAUGAAGAGGAGUAUGACACAGAUGAGAUCGACAGCUCUUCCAUGUCAGACGACGACAGGAAGGAGAUUGUCAACAUUCAGACCUGGAUAAACAAACCAGAUGUAAAGCAUCACAUUCCGUGUAAUGAGGUGAAAGAAACUGGUCACAUGUUCCCGAGCCACUUGCUGAUCACAGCGACUCACAUGUACUGCCUGAGGGAGAUCGCCUCAAGGAAAGGCUUCGCCUACAUCCAGUCCAGACAAGCACUGAACUCUGUGGUGAAGAUCACAUCCAAAAAGAAGCACCCUGAACUGAUUACGUUCAAGUUUGGCAGCAACAACUCAGCUGGAGUGGAGAUAUCUGCGGUGGAGAGAUAUUUGAUACCAAACGCAGGCGAUGCCACCAAGGUCAUCAAGCAGCAGAUCAUGAAAGUCCUGGAUGCUCUGGAGAGCUCGUAAAGGGAGAUGAAGGAGUCGCGAUGGGGGAUCACGACGGUCAGCCGUGACACGAAGUGUAAGAUGAGUCUCCGUCUGCCAAGAGUGAAACCUUCUCCCGCUCUCCCUCGGCUGUCCUCCCUCCUGGACAGAUCCAGUGCAGUGUUGACUGUGAAGCCCCGUGUGUCUGUGUUUGGGACAUGGUGGGGAGGGGACACACACCUCUGCCUGCAGACCUGUGGGACAGGCUGUGUGUGUUGAAAUACUUAGGUGCUCUGCAGUAAUCAAACAUCAAAAUGAUCUUACACUAAUUUAAAAAUAUUGGUUAUAGCGUAUGUUUUACUUUACUCUUGAUAAAACCUGGGAUCUCAUUACAGUGCAGUUCCACUUUGGCGAUGUCCCUCUGGCCUUAACGUAGCGUGCUGACCGCCCGGUGACAAACCUGUUGAAUCAUCAUAUGACUGACUUUUUCUUUUGACUCGAGCAUCUCGAUUCUGACCCCUUUGUUUUGAAGUGAACGAGCACUGCAGCUCAAUCAUGUCUCUUCAUUUACUUUUCAGAUGUGUUGAGUAGAUUUAAUGAUCAUUGUUCUGGUCAGGAAGUGAAGCAUGAGUCAGCAAACUCAAACAUAAAGAUGCGCAUCCCCAAAAAAAAGAAAGCGGUGCUGGCACGAGGCAGGUUUCCUACCACAACAACUGUUUUUGAUAACUUUUCUUUUCCAGGUGGCAGCCUUAAAUAGAAAUGAUUUGAGGGUGUUUAUAAAUACGUGAUGUACAUAUUGUGUAAACUGCUCUAUAUCAGCACAGACCUUUGCAAUGUCGUUUUGAAAGCAUAUCCUUAAAGCUAGAAUAUGCAGUGAAAACUUAAACUGGCUUCUAAACCAGCUCACGCGGUUGGAAGUUCCCCUUCUUUCUGGAGUAAGAAGUGAGCCUUUUACAGAGUUUCUGGGAGAUAAUUUACUCUCUGCUUUUACAUAUAAUAAUGAAUUAACCUCUUCUCAUAGCAGUCUGAUGUAGCUCUCUGAAAGCAUUGUUCACAGCCCCCCUGGACUACAUUAGUAUUACAACAGGAGGUUUGGUGAUGGUAGUUAUUAAGAGUCUGAGCACCUCAGUAUUUUUCCAUCCCAUUCAGAUUCAGUAUGUGAAUGAUUUUCUCAUUUAAAAUGCAGAAGUGAAAUAAUUUGCGGAUAAGGAAGAAGGCUGUAACUGAAUCACCACCACGCUAACUUCUUCCUAUAGAGAGAGAAAAGGAGCACUGUGCUUUCUACCUGGAAGCACAGCUGUGACAGGGACUCAGUCAGUCUUGUCCAUUGUAUUAGUCCAAACUAAGCAGCUUUAGUUUGCUUGCCACUGUUGCCUUCGGCCUCAUGCCUGUGAUGUGUGAUAUUGGCACCAGCAGUGGCAGCAUAUCACAGCAUACUGCUGCUUCUCCUCUAAUCUCAAACUCUGUUCUGGGCUUUUCCUCGCUUUGUGCUUGCUUAUUUACUCUUUUGUGUUGAAUUCUAGUUGUGUAGGCAGCCUGGGUUUAAAGUGUCGAAGCAUCUAAUGUGAUGCCCCCCCCCCCCCCCCGCACCUUCCUGACAGCUCCAUUUAAAACCAGUCCAGAGAAAGUUUAUCUGUUUAAUCCCUGAAAAUUAAACAAGGAGUGUAAAACAUAUGGCACAUUUGAAUAUGGGCAACAAAAAAGCAAAACUUGAAUUACAGAGUCAUGAAUCUGGUCUUUCAUAGCAUUCCUGUGUAACCCAUGCAUUGUGUUGUAAUUUUGUGAUAUUUUUCAGUAUUGACUGGAACAUCCUGGACUGGGAGUCUUUACUCUGUAACACCACUGGCAAAGGAUGUCGGCCACUAGUUGAAAUGCAACAUGUCUCAAGUGUAAUUUGCACCUUACUGUACUGCUGUUAUUUUCUAAGCAUUUAUGUUUUUAAUAAAUGGAGAUUAUUCGACUGCA